UCCCAUCUCCGAUCCAUCCUGUUAACCAAACAUCAUAAGUGCUAUUUAAAUCGCCUUGCCCCACCCCUCCGGCUGUGAUUGGAUGUUGUAACACCCGUGGGGCGUGUCGUUCGUCUAUUCUGCUUAGUGAUUGGAUAUCGCUGCCCUCCUUGCUCUACCUAUUGUUCCUGCCGGAGAUCUGCAGCUAAAGCGCAGGCUGAUGUAGGGGAGAGAAGGACGGAUCGGGGGGGUCAGUGAGCUAACCCUGGUGAAGGCCAGUAUGGACGAUCUGCAUCUAAACCUGUCUGCCCCCCCUGGGAACCCCACAUACUGCCAGGAUACUCCUUGAGUAGUGGAGAGACAAACGUUAUGGGCAGCCAGGGGGACUGCUGUGUCAGGGUGGCCCUGAGGAUUCGUCCUCAGAGCAGUAAGGAGGAAGCUGAAGGGUGUCAUGUAUGUACAUGGGUUUACCCUGGAGAGCCGCAGGUACUUCUUGGCAAGGACAAAGCUUUCACAUAUGAUUAUGUGUUUGACACAGACACUGAGCAGUUUAAAGUGUACGAAGUUUGCGUGCGUGGGCUGGUGGAUGGAUGCUUCCAAGGAUACAAUGCAACCGUACUGGCGUACGGGCAGACUGGUGCAGGAAAGACGCAUACAAUGGGCACUGGAUUUGAAUUGGUGGUGACUGAGGGAGAGCUGGGAAUUAUUCCCCGUGCUGUCCGCCAGCUUUUCAGUACUAUCCAGGAACAAAUAACUGCUGCUCAAGAGAAAGGGAAACCAGAACCCAGAUUCAAAGUCAGUGCCCAGUUCCUAGAGCUGUAUAAUGAAGAGAUUUUGGAUCUGUUUGACGUUUCACGUGACCCAGACUCCCGGCAUAGAAAAUCCAAUAUACGCAUUCAUGAGGAUGCAAGUGGUGGAAUCUAUGUCAGUGGCGCAAUCACUCGCAGUGUAAACUCAGAGGAAGAGCUCUUACAGCUUCUGAAGGAAGGUGCACUAUCCCGUACCACGGCAAGCACUCAGAUGAAUUCUCAAAGUUCGCGCUCACAUGCCAUCUUCACUGUCCACCUGCACCAGACAAGGGUUUCAGAGUCAUGUCCGGUUGAUGCCCCUAAUCAGCAGUAUGAGACAUUGACAGCCAAGUUUCACUUUGUGGAUUUGGCUGGAUCGGAACGUCUGAAGAGAACAGGUGCAACAGGAGAGAGAGCAAGGGAGGGUAUAUCCAUCAACUGUGGCCUGCUGGCACUGGGGAAUGUGAUCAGCGCACUGGGAGACCAGAGUAAGAAGAUUCUCCAUGUUCCGUACAGAGAUUCCAAACUGACCCGUCUGCUGCAGGACUCGCUGGGUGGUAACAGCCAGACUAUCAUGAUUGCCUGUGUUUCUCCAUCUGAUCGUGAUUUUAUGGAAACAUUAAACACUCUGAAAUAUGCUAACCGUGCACGGAACAUUAAGAACCGUGUAACAGCUAAUCAAGAAGAGAGUGGUCAGCAAGUACAAGCACUAAGAGCAGAGCUAGCACGACUACGUUUGGAACUACAGGAAUAUAAAUCUGGACACCGUGUCGCUGGCUCCGAUGCACUGAGUGACAUGUGUGAGGAACUUUCUAUGCUGCGCAGUGAAAAUUCAUCUCUGCGACUUCGUGUUACUGCUCUUCAGGAAGCUAUCAGAGCCAUCAAUGCUCGUGUAACACGCAUGGCUGGUCAAGAGGCUGCACGUCUGUUGCAGAGGGCUGGUGAUAGUAAUGAAGAAAUCCAAGCUCUGAUACAGAACUAUAUCCAUGAAAUAGAAGAGCUGAGGACCCGUUUGGUGGAGAGUGAAGCAAUGAAUGAAUCUCUGAGACGCAGUCUGUCUCGAGUCAACACACGUCCCACACAUUCAGGACCUGUACAGCCAACUCCAUCCCUGGACUCAGAAAUUGAUGAAGUUGUUCGAAGAGCAAAGGAAGAGGUUCAGAAUCAAAGAAAAAAGGGAAGCUCAGAGGUUGGAACAUACAAAAAUAGAACAAAACAUCAGUUUGAAAACAAUGAGGAGACCGAUGAAAAUGAAGGAGAAGCGGAAGAUGAGCAGGAAGAGAGCGAGUGUGACGUGGAAGAGAGUGAAGAAAGUGGGCAGAGUGAGGCAGAAUCUGACUCAGAGCCUGAAGAGAAAGGAACUCUCGGAGGUGACCUGGCAGAUUUAACAUGUGAGAUUGAGAUUAAGCAGCGUCUCAUUGAAGAAUUGGAGCAGAGUCAGCGCCGGUUGCAGACACUCAAACUUCAGUAUGAGGAGAAGCUUCAGCAGCUACAAGGUCGAAUUCGUGACACACAACUGGAGAGGGACCGAGUUCUGCGAGAGUUGAGCUCCAUGGAGUGUUAUACAGAGGAGAAAGCUAACAAGAUCCGUGCAGAUUAUGAAAAACGGCUGAGGGAGAUGAAUCGUGACCUGCAGAAGCUGCAGUUAGCUCAAAGAGAGCAUGCACGAUUGCUCAAGAACCAAUCCCGAUAUGAACGAGAAUUGCGCAAACUGCAAGGGGAGUUGAGUGAAAUGAAGAAAGCCAAGUCAGUGCUAAUGAAGCAGAUGCGUGACGAGCAACAACGUCGAAAACUUGUGGAGUCUAAGAGGAAUCGAGAGAUAGCUCAGCUGAAGAAAGAACAGCGCAGACAGGAGCUUCAAAUUAGGGCACUGGAGUCUCAAAAGCGACAGCAGGAGAUUGUGCUAAGACGCAAGACUCAAGAGGUCUCUGCUCUACGGCGUCUUUCUAGGCCAGUUCCAGACCGAUCAGUCAGUCGCAUCGCCUCACUUCCAGAUUCUGGUGUGGAUUUGUCUACCAGCACAACAUCAUCAGAACCAGACAGCGUCACACGUUCUGUUUCUAGUAUUGUACGACAAUGGAACCGAAAAACAACUGCAGAUACAGUGCCAGUUACAAAUGGAACACGCACACCAAGUUCUGUCUUAUUGGCUGGCAGGAGGAAAAUCAUUCGGCCUGGUCUUCCACUCAGUAAGGCUGCCCGCGUGAAGUGGAAAACACUGGAAAGGAGGGUGCAUGAGGUUGUCCUGCAGAGACUCACUCUUCUUAAUCUGGAGAGUGACAUGGAACGGUUGCUGCGGAAACGUGAAGAGCUGUCACUCCUGCAAGAAGCAUUGGUAAGCCGCAGCAUUAUAGCCACAGAUGAGUGUAAUGGAGAAGAAAGAGCACAGCAAGAUGUGGCUGAGGAGUUGGAAGCAUUGACAGCCAAUAUUGAUUAUAUAAAUGACAGCAUUCGGGAAUGCCAGGCUACAAUUGUACAGAUGGAGGAGACCAAGGAGGAUCUGGAUUCCACAGACACAUCAGUUGUAAUCAGCUCCUGCUCACUGGCUGAAGCUCGACAUUUGCUCGAUAACUUCCUUCGUGCUUCAAUAGACAAGGGACUACAGGUAGCACAGAAAGAUGCACAGAUUCGGAUACUGGAAGCCCGAAUCAGACAGACUGACAUAGCUGGAAUGGCACAAACUCAGCUGCUGCUUGAUAGAUCUGAGUGCCAAACAAAUGAGAAUGGCUAUGCCAGUACAGAUGAAGAAGUAUCAGAACUCAGUCAAGCAUCUGAAAGCAGUGCUUCUGUCUCAUUUUCUAUGAAAGGAUCAUACAGUCAAGAUGACUUUAAGUGGAAGGGGGAACCCCGCCUUUCGUGGCAAGUGAAGGCUGUGUCUGCAGAGUCCCUGAGCCCAUUACUGGAUGCUUCCAGAAGAAAUGUUACCAAAUCUCUUGCAUCACUGACUGAUAUUUUAGAAGAUGUUGGAGGAUUCUCCACUGGAUCUCUUCGUGGCAGAGGGUCUUAUAGCCUUACCCUACCUAUCCGUGGAAAUACCUUCCCCAGGCAGUCCAGAGGCUCAACCUCUCCUCUGACACUCAGAAAGUCCUAUGACAAAGGACAGCCCAGGGCCAUGGACUCCAAUCUAACUCCCCCAUCUUCUCCUCCCAUGAGACCUCGUAAUGAUAAAAAUGUAUUUUCUAGACUUACUAGCAAUCAAAGCACAGGAGCUGCACUGGAUAAGUCUGAUGAGAGUGACUGCUCCUUCUCGGAGGCCUCCAGGGGUGUGAUAAGUCCUGUUGGGGGUGUAAAAGGUGCUAGAAUGGCCCCACUGCAGUGUGUGGCUGUAGCAGAGGGACAUACAAAGCCUGUUCUUUGUGUGGAUGCAACAGAAGAGUUACUAUUUACUGGAUCUAAAGAUCGCACUUGCAAGAUGUGGAAUUUAGUAACAGGUCAAGAGAUUGGCUCCCUACGUGGCCAUCCUCACAACGUAGUAUCGCUAAAGCAUUGUCCCAACUCAGGCCUUGUAAUUACCGCAUCUGCCUCUUGUUUGCGGGUCUGGGAUAUCCGUGACCCUGCACGAUGUGUGAGGACACUAAUGUCUUCAGGUCAGGUGGUAUCAGGGGACCCCUGCUCCGGACUAGGCUUUCGCCCAACUAGUAGUUCCCAGGGGGAUAUGCAAAUCAAUCAGAUUGCUCUUAACCCAGAUGGGACCAUUAUGUACACUGCAACCGGGAAUGCAGUGAGGGCAUGGGAAUUGAGCAGGCUACAGCACAUUGGGAAACUAACAGGUCACAUGGCACCUGUAAUGUGUCUCACCGUCACCAACACAAAGAUUGGCCGUGACCUUGUUAUCACUGGUUCGAAGGACCAUUAUGUCAAGAUGUUUGAACUUCACUCAGGAUGGGGCGGCAGUGUUUCUCCAACCUACAAUCUUGAGCCUCCUCAUUACGAUGGGAUUGAAUGUUUGGCUGUACAGAAUGGUGUACUCUGCAGUGGCUCCCGGGACAAUGGUGUCAAGAAGUGGAACAUUCAGCAGCAUGAGCUUAUUCAGCAAGUUCCCAAUGCACAUCGAGAUUGGGUUUGCGCUUUGGGCUUUGUGCCAGGACGUCCAAUGAUGCUCAGUGGUUGUCGUGGUGGCACUCUGAAGGUUUGGAAUAUGGAGAAUUUUACACCUAUAGGAGAAGUGAAGGGCCACGAGAGUCCUAUUAAUGCCAUGUGUGCUAACAGCCGCCAUGUCUUCACUGCAUCCAGUGACUGCCGGGUCAAGCUGUGGGUCUAUGUUCCUGGCCUUACUCCGUGUCUCCCACGACGUGUUCUGGCGAUCAAGGGUCGUGCCACUAGCCUUCCAUAACCUGCCCUCCAUCUCUCACCUUCCCAUAUUUCCUCUAACAACUCCCCCUUUUACAAAUAUGCCACCCCUAACCCCUUCAUUUAAGGUAUGGGACACUCACCUCUAUAUAAAGAGAGAUUUGACAGUGACCUCACAGUGAAGAUGUGGAGUGGGAGAAGAGGUCUUUUCCAGAUCACGUGACCACACUGACCCCUGGACCUCAACCCCUGUCAGGGGUCAAAGGACAGGGGGCUUAUGUUGGUUUAUUAACCACUCCUGACGAGUAGGAUCGUAACAUCUGAUAUUUCUAUGGAAGCAUUUUCCAACUUGCUGUUUCUUUACAUCCAAUCCUGUUACUUAUUGGGCCACUUCCACCGUAUAGUCCACAAAUUACCCAGUCACUUAUCCUCAUUAAAACAAAUCAACCUUCCUAAUCAAUAUAUGAGAUAGUUAACUGAGGAAAAAGAUCAGGUAGAGGUGGGUGAAAUGGAGAAGUGUAGAGUGAUAGAGAUGGAUGAGGUGAGAACACCAUCCUUAUUACCUUAAUACUGUUUUAGUUCAACUUUAGCUGCCUUGCCAAUGCCCAAGUACCUCCUAGCAUGCAUACCUCUGCACCAGGAAUCACUUCCAUAAAUAAAACUUUGCAUUGUUUGUUCUACCCCAGCAGUUUAUUUUCAAUAUCCCUCUAAGCUGAUGUACCCAUUAUGCUGCCAGACACCAAAAAAACAAUACGGUGCACUAAACUCACAACUACCAGCCUCCAUAAAAUGCACCUCCCUUUAACAACACUCUUAUUUUCCUUUUUGUUUUUAAUCAAGAGAAAUAACAAUACAAUUAACAAGAAUCUCACAUUGCCCUGAAAAAGCUACCUCUAGGAGUUACAAUGCUAAAUUUAGUUUACACUGCAUGUCUCUGGGAGAAAAGCUGUUGAAUGGGCUUUUUCUGGCAUAAAAGCUAUUAGUAGGAGGGUGUUUCACUGUACAAAGUUUUAAUAUGUUUAUUUAAGCACAAUUUUUACAUUUUGUCAACAAGUACCAAGUGUUAAAUGUGUCAAUAAAGUUCACAUUUUAAAUGUACAAA